AUGGCCUGUUCUGAGAAAAAGUCCUGCGAAGGCUGCUCAUGCAGCGAUGAUAAACCCCAAUCUAUCAACAUUGAAGACUGUCUAAGCGAGCUACAGGCUCUGCGUCGACGCAAUCAAGAGUUAGAAACUCGAAUGGGGGUUUCAACUGGCGAGAAUGCACAAGUUCCCAUCCGACAGCCCGGAAGGACCCUCCGUUCUUCUGCGUGGUUCGACUGUCGCAGCAACCCCGGCAUGACGGCUAUUUAUAUGGAGCGAUACUUCAAUUAUGGUAUCACUAAAGAUGAACUCAUGUCAGGCAAGCCGAUGAUUGGAAUUGCACAGACGGGCUCCGAUAUCGCGCCUUGUAAUCGCCAUCAUAUUGAGCUCUCCAAGCGUGUUCGUGAGGGUAUCCGGACUGCCGGUGGAAUUCCAUUUGAGUUCCCUACACAUCCUAUCCAGGAAACCUCCAGACGACCCACUGCAACCCUUGAUCGCAAUCUGGCGUAUCUUGGUCUGGUGGAAAUCUUGACCGGGUAUUUCUUGGAUGGUGUUGUGUUGCUUACUGGGUGUGACAAAACCACGCCGGCUUGCUUGAUGGCUGCUGCUACGAUGAAUUUUCCCGCUAUCUGUAUGAACGUGGGCCCCAUGCUCAAUGGGUACUCCAAGGGAGCUUUGACUGGAGCUGGGUCCGUGCUAUGGCAUGGUCGAGAGCUAUAUGCUACCGGAGAAAUCGACGACAACGAAUUCAUGGAUUACAUUGCGAGAGGAACGCCAUCAGUAGGCCACUGCAACACAAUGGGCACCGCAUCCACGAUGAACGCCCUCGCUGAAUCUCUCGGAAUGGCUCUUCCCGGCUCAGCCGCAAUCCCCGCAGCCUAUCGACACAGAGCCCAAUGUGCUUACGAAACAGGAAAGCGCAUUGUGGAAAUGGUAGAGACAGACAGAAAACCAUCCGAUAUCAUGACACGCGAGGCCUUUGAGAAUGCAAUCGUGGCCAAUGCCGCAAUCGGCGGAAGUACGAAUGCCCCUAUUCAUAUCAAUGCCAUCGCCCAGCACACCGGUGUUGAGGUCACCAUGGAUGACUGGGAUGAUCUAGGUUCAAGAAUUCCACUGCUAUUAAACAUGCAGCCUUCUGGGGAGUAUCUGGGCGAAGAAUACUACCGUGCCGGAGGUUUACCUGCAAUUAUGGCCGAGCUUUUGGACCAAGGAAAGAUAAAUGGGGAUGCACUCACAUGCAACGGCAAGACGAUGGCUGAGAAUGUUCGUGGAAAGCAUACAUGGGAUAGAAAGGUCAUCAAGCCAUACGAUGAGCCUUUGAUGAAAGACGCUGGGUUCGCCCAUCUGAAGGGCAAUUUGUUCGACUCUGCAAUCAUGAAGACUUGCGUCAUUUCGCCAUCUUUCCGCAAACGCUACUUGUCCAACCCCGAUGACCCGGAGGCCUUUGAGGGUUCCGUUGUGGUGUUCGAUGGACCUGAAGACUACGAACAUCGCCUGGAGAACUCACCGCACAUCGAUGCGAAGACUAUCCUCGUCAUGCGGGGCGUGGGUCCAAUCGGGUAUCCCGGAGCAGCAGAGGUCGUGAACAUGCACCCACCAGGCCGUCUCUUGAAGGAGGGAAUUGAUGGAUUAUUCUGCAUCGGUGAUGGAAGACAGUCGGGAACAUCUGGCUCGCCUUCUAUUCUGAAUGCCAGUCCCGAGGCUGCGGCUGGAGGUAACCUCGCAAUUCUGAAAGAUGGUGACAGACUUCGCAUUGACUUGCGGAAACGUCAAGUCAACAUCCUCAUUACAAAUGAAGAGAUUGCAGAACGAAGAAAGGUGUUAGACCUUGAUGGGUUCUCUAUUGCUCCCAGUGGAACCCCGUGGCAAGAGAUCUUCCGUCAAGAAACCGAUCAAUUAAGCCAGGGCAUGGUGUUGCGGAAGGCAGUCAAAUUCCAGCGACUGGCACAGGAGGGUCCACCCCUUCGCCAUAACCAUUGA